CACAACCGUUGGUAAUUCGUGACUGAAAGUUUCGAUGUCGGUAAUCAGGACUAUCGGUCGAAUACAUUUAAAGAAAAAAGGAUACGUCCACUAUUGCUGGAUCACGGAUCUGUCGUGUAUCGUUUUAACAUGCGUCUGAACCGUGGCUUUUUGACCAGUGUCGCUGUUUGCUCGACGGUUCUCUUCGUUGUUUUGAGAUCGAAAUCGUCGACGGAGUUUGCGAGCCAUUCAGAGGACGAUAUAGAGAAGCGUUAUGCGAAGGAACAGACGUAUCGAUACGUUACGCCCUCGCUUGCGGAACUGGGCUCUCGUAGGAGUGUGGCAGAAAUGAACAGACAUAUCUUGAUGUUAACGCGUGUACCGGAAGCUGGGGCCGAACUGUUGGUCCUAAUUUUGCAGCGUCUACAGGGCUACAAUGCUUUCAAACAUAUACGUUUGCCACCUGGCGAUCAUGGACUUUUGACAACAUUGCAAGAGGAACUAUUAGUGGAAGAAAUUACUAAUAUCAUAAGGCAGGAAGCGAUUCCUUUAAGUUUCGACGGAAACGUUAGGUUUUUAAAUUUUUCGAAAUUUGGACGACAAGCACCAACGUUUAUAUCUUUGGUGAGAAAUCCCAUUGGUGCUCAAAACUUACAGAGACCCUCUUACAGAUAUCACGAACAAGGAAAAACGGUGCUUGAAAGUAGAGCCGUACCUAUGUUUUGCGGACAAGACCCUCGAUGCACAGAGACAAAUAACAAAUGGGCAUUGCAGCGGGCUAAAGCAAAUAUUGUCGAAUGGUACCCAGUUGUUGGUAUUUUAGAUUGCAUGGAGCAAUCCAUAAACCUAUUGGAACAUAAAUUUCCAUACUUUUUUCGCGGUGCAAGGCAAAUUUAUAGAAAAAUUCGACCCAAGAAAUACCUUUCCGAUACUUCGAUUACAUUAGAUCCACGAGAACGGGAGAUAUUGUUCAGACUCUUCGAGGAUGAAAUAGAUUUAUAUCAGUGGCUAAAAUUUCGACUAUUCAACGAAACAUCCUACGACGUUGUGGAAAACUAACGCCUACGAAGAAAAAGUUGCCGUGGCCCGCUGGUAUCCAGUUUAAAAUUGCACCAAAGAUAAUUAUAUUAAACAUAUCGUGGCGAUAUUCUAUUAACAACGAGUGAAAGGUUGUUUUAUACUGAUUGUACUGAAUCGAUUCGAUUAAAAAACAUUUUUCAAGAAGAAAAUGUAAGUAAUGUUUGUUCCCCUCUCCUGUUUUGAUCAUAGAUUCCAGCGUUUUUAAAUAAUAAAUGGGAUAUAUAAUUAAUCCAGAGGAAUAUAUUAUAGCAGCACUAUAAUUGUUAAUAAUCAUCCUUCGUUAUUCAUUAAGUUCAUUGCAAACAUAUAUUUUCAUGUAGGACAUAUAAACUAUGAUGAACUAAUUUUUCAUAUAUAUUCACAUUUUUUACUUUCUUCUGAAAAUUCAUAUAAAUUUAC